AUGAAAAAAACCAUCUCAUCUAUUAUCGCUGCUCGACUUAUGGCCGAAGGCGUCGGUGCUUCGGUGCGCCGAUCAAUCGGCUCUCGUCAUUUACGCCAAUUAUCACCUUUUUUACUGCUCGACUAUAUGGAAACAGCCAACACUGAAGCAUCCUUCCCAGACCACCCUCAUCGCGGCUUAGAAACGGUAACCUACGUGUUACAGGGCACAAUCGAACACGAGGACUUUACAGGGUCGCGAGGUGUUCUAGGUCCUGGUGAUUGCCAGGUCAUGACUGCAGGAAAGGGUAUCAUGCAUGCCGAAGUUCCUAAACCUCCAGAAAAUGGAGCUGGAUUGUUACCUGCUACUGGUAUUCAGCUUUGGGUUGACCUGCCGGCAGAUUUUAAGAACGUGGACCCUCAUUAUCGCGACCUUCGGCGAAAUUUUAUUCCAGUAACAGAACCUGCUCCAGGUUUGCGAUUAUAUUCAUUGUCAAAAGAAACAAGUAUUACAAAAACACCUAUUUGGUUUCUCUACUACAAGUGGUUUGGUACAAAUGAACCCUUGCGUUUUGAAUCACCAGUCAUUCCUCCAGGAUGGGCUUCCUUUAUUUACGUAACAAAAGGUCAACUUACAAUUGGGAACGGUCGCAGUACCGGCGGCGAAGAUGCCAGUAGCAACAGAAGUAUUCUGGAAAAUCAAAGUAAUCUCAAUGAAAAUACCCUAGAAAGUCAGCUAAUUGUUGGUGAUAAGGUUCUUGGAGAACAUGAUUUAGCUGCCUUUGAGCGCAGUCAUGAAGCAGAAGAGAAAAUUGUCGUGGACUUGCCUGUGGACCUUCCAGUAACCCACACUGCAUUUGGAAAUGAUGAAAAGUCUUCUGUGGAGUUUCUUAUAUGUGCGGGACAACCGUUAGAACAACCAGUCUUCAGAGACAUGUUUUUUGUAGAGUUGUCCAAGGAAGAUCUACGACAGUCCAAAGUAGACUACCGCGACAAAACCAACGGCUUUGAACGAGGGCGAGAUUGGAAGAGCAAAAUAGCAGGCUCGAUAAACUAUAAAUUCACAUAUAAAACAAAGUAG